AAAAGUAAUUCUAGAAUUCACGGUGAAAUCAGUGAAAUCGACUUAGAAGAUAUGUCUAAAAGUGGUGGGACUAUGGCGCGCAAGGAAGUGACCGGUUUAAAUCGCAUAACCGCCAAAGGCCUGAAGGAAUUGUGCAAACGAGACAAAUUGUAUCAAACGCCGCGUUUGAAUGACGUGCUAUAUCUGCACUAUCAAGGGUAUCAAUACAUUGAAUGUCUGGAGGACUACACAGAGCUAAAGUGCCUGUGGUUGGACUGCAAUGCCAUAUCGGAGAUUCAGGGUCUGGAACAACAAAGCAAACUGAAAUGUCUUUUUCUGCAAAACAAUCUCGUUACUACGAUCGAAAAUUUAAAGUAUUGCCCCGAGCUGGACACGCUUAAUCUUAGUUCGAAUCAUAUUCGUAAAAUUGAAAAUAUUGGAUGUGAGAUUCUGCCUGUGUUAAAUACUUUAAAUAUUUCUUCAAAUUAUCUGAAGGAUAGUGAAAGCUUGUCGGGUUUAGUGGAAUGUAAAACCUUGGCUGUGCUUGAUCUAUCUAAUAAUCGCAUAGACGACAUCUUGGUGGUGAAAAUAUUCGAGCAGAUGCCGAAUUUGAAAGUCUUGGUUUUGCAGGGAAACCCUGUGGUUUCCCGAAUUCCCCAAUAUCGAAAGACUUUGAUUCUGGCUUGUAAGGAACUAACCUAUUUGGACAGUCGUCCAGUAUUUCCGCGUGAUCGUGCUUGUGCUGAAGCCUGGAAACGUGAAGGAUACGAGGGUGAACGAAAGGAAAACAAUCGUUGGAAUCGCCAGGAGCGCCGUAAAAUGCGUGAUAGCGUCAACUGCACUAUUCGUAUGGGGAAUACACAUCGUCCACCCGAUCAACAGGUCCCAUAUCUUAUGUCGAGUGAUUCGGAAGCCGAAGAGGCAAAAGAUAAAUGCGCGGAGAAUAGUCGGAAAAAAGCUGAAUUGGAAAAUAGCACUGCCGAUGAUAUAUGGGAUGAGGUUUCAGGAGAACAAGCGAAAUCGGAGCACGGCUCGACUAGCUCAAGUUCAGGUGCAGAAAAUGCGAGCGCUUCGUCGUUCGCCGAUCACAUGGCAGAGCAAUUAAGUAAUCCUCGUGUACAACGCUUAGAAGGUCGUCCAAAGGUUUUGUAUGAAGCUGAAGGAGGUGAUAUGGAAAGCAUUGAAAAACUUGUCAAGAAUACGGAUGCUGAAAAAAAAGAACUAGUUGAAAUUGUGAAGGAAACGAUAACGGAAAAAGAUCAUAGUGAAGAUUCUUUUGGCGGGGAAAGUCUAAAAAGGAAACGCAUCCUUAUCGAGGAGGGAAAACUAAAUGAAAUGGAUUUACAACCAAAAAAAUAUAAAGUAGAAGAAAAUGUUGAAUGUGAAAACAAAGAAGCAACAGAUAAUAAUACACCAGCUGAACUUAAAGAAGUAUGCGAUGAAAACUCAAAAAUUGAAACAAAUGUGUCUUGUAAAACACCCGUGUCUGAAAUUACAGAAUUAAAUGAAACCCCCUCGGAAAUAAAGGGACUUCCUGAACUGAGCAGCGAUUCAGAGGGUGAUGAUGGUCCGGAACUAGAGCGAACGUCCCAGGCUAUUAAGGCAAUCGCUCAAGACCACAGCAUUGGCGAACAAAGCCCCACUCCACAGGAUAUUAAAUCUAAGCUCAUAGACGAAAUGUACAAAAAGUUUGAGUCCGAAUCUCUUGCAGAUUCUGAAUCCCUUGACAAACUUACGACUGACUUUCAACUUGAGGACAGGUUCUGUUGUGAAGAUAACAAUCCACAAAGAACCGUCUCUCAUUUUGACAAUGAAUUAAGCUUACUACCCAAGUCCUCUAACCAAUUGGAAUUCGAUAAAGUCUGCCUUGAUGCAACUGAGAAAUGUGCUCACGAUAUGGAAGAAAUGGCUAGCUAUUUGGGGGACGAUCUCCAAGAGCUAAUAGAAGCUACAGACCAGGUAAGGGGCACGGUGGAGUCCCCCGAUGAUCCAGUUGAAAGCGAUACAAAUGAGAGUGGAGAAGAUCAAUGCGAGGCGGAGUCGCGACUGUUAAAUGAGCAGCAUGAAGAGAGACGUAAGAAAUUUAUCGAAAGGCAUGAGGCACAGAAACAAAAGGAAGAUAAGCUCAACACAUCGGCAGCCGACGAGGGUGCAAAAGAAUGUACGACAAAUAAUGACGAAGAUCUAGAUCUGGCAUUUGCAAAAGCUUUAGACGACGCGACAGAUGAUGUACCAAAGCGGGUUUUCGGUUCGGGUCACGAUAUACCCAGCCAUCAAUGGCCACAGGAAGAGUCUAUGCGUCAGUUAAGUCUAUCACAGAAUGGCAAUGAUAACUAUAGACCAUCAAUAUCUGACAGUAGUGCGGAGGCCGCUGAGAAGAUUUGUAUUCAAAUGGAAGGCAAGUUGGCUAAGGAGGAGGAGUCCCUAAGAAAACUUUUGCAAGAACUCGAAAAUGAAACUGAGGCAAUGUACAAAAUAGAGUCGAAUGUUGAGUAUAUAGAAAUCGUAACUGUUGUAGAUUCAGAAGCAGCAAAGAUCUGUCAAACUCUUCUUUCCGAUGUAAUCAAUGAGAUAGAAUAUAACGAACCCAAAUGCUUGGAGUUCGGUCCUAUUGAAUCAGAUGACGAAUUCAGUUACUCGACCCGCCCAAAUGUUGAGAGGGCAGUAUUGCCCGAACUAGAAGAUCCUGCUAAGGGAAAAUCUGUAAGGGAAUGCCUGGACGCCUUUGGGGAUUUUUUAACACAUGUAUCAGAUCAAAAGAAUCCCACGAUGUUGGGACGUAAGAACUCAACGUGUGCGGAGAAAAUUAGAGCAGCCAAAGGGCUUUUGUCGUCCCAACAAUUACACGAGUUUAACAAGGAUACCCCAGAGAGUUUGGAUGCGCAAUUGGCUAAAGAGGAGGAACGACGUAAACAACGGGUGGCCGCAUCUGCUGCUCGCUGCUACGCCCAGAAAGAAAAAUAUGAUGAUACUUUGGAUGUGGUAGAUAAUCGUUUAAUGGUCGUAAAAAAGGACACUGGGGAACUGGAAGAGCUACCCGCACCCCCAGCGCUAGUAAGUGACAGUGAUGACGAUGAAGACUACGAUACGGCCAGUGAGGAACAUUUCGAAGGCGACGGCAAACAUGUAUCCAGAGGCAUCUGGACAAAGCCGUAUGAGCCGAAGCCUCGCAAGUCUGCUGAGCAUUUGGUAGCCGAGGCAAUGGAACGCAAUCUCCGUAAUCAGAUAACCGAUGAUUUUGAUGUGGAAUCAGAAGAAUUCUAUUCUUUCCCCACCGAGACGUUUGGUUCCAUCGACUCUGAGUUCUUCCAGAAGCUUGAUUUGGAGAAGGUGAAAGUUUUCGACGAAGUAGAAGCAGCUACCGAAUGCAUGCGUAGUUACAACGAACUUAAGUCCUGCAUGAAGUCCGGGUCCACUCAGCUGGAAUUAAGUAACGAAGAACGUGAAAUGCUUCAAGAAUUCCUACCUAAGGAAAAUGAGGAUGAGAAUAUGUCGGAAACAGCCAAAGCUAAAUUGGAAGAAGAGAAUGAUCUGCUCAGAAAAAUGAUGGAACGCAUGAAGGAGCAAGAAGAGCGAGAAAGACAAGCGCAAGCAGUGGCAAGCCUUGACGAAAAGGAGGAGAACUCUGCCCAGUUGACUGUGGGCGGGUGUAAGCUGUACGAGAGGAAUAGCCAAGCAAAUGUCACUGCAAGUAACGAACAGACUGAAAAAGUUACGGAAGCGAUCCCAAACUCCGUGGAGUCGAAUGUAAUUUCUUUAUCAGCGCAAGAUGUGGUCAGCGGGGAUAGUGAUAAGGAGGAGGAAUUGCAAGAUCCCAUUCCGUUAGGUGAUCAAACGAGUGACUUAAACAAGUCCGAAACCAGUGACAAAGCCAAGCCUCGCCCUCACUCAAACAUAGAUGAUGACAAUAGGUCGGAAGGCUCUACUGACUGUGAGUCAGAGGAGGAACCGGAGCCAAUAGCCGUUGUGGAGCCUCCUAAUUUACCCGAUGGUGUGCUUAAGAGAUAUUUUUAUACGGACUGUGAAGAUUUCCAUCAAGUGCUGGAACUAGAAGAGGCGGAGAAACGCGAUCUUUCCCAGCUUAAGAAUGCGUGGAAGGAUGAUGACUCCAAGAAGGAAACGAAGCAAAACCAGAAUCAAAAAAAUGCCUUGCCAGUCGGUGCAGAAGAUAAAGACUCAAAGACUGGGGACAAUGGGCCAAAUGAUUUCAGAGAAGAUUCAGAGUCACAUCCAUUACCCGGGGAUGACAUAUCUGAGAUUAAGGAAAAUGCUAAGGCCAAAUGGGCCAAGAUAGCUAAGAGAUUGCAUGAAUUUAUAGAUGUUGAGGGUAUGGAGAGGCUGGAGAAGCAAGAUUUCUGUGAAAGCAAUGAUGAGGACAAUGACAACGAUGAAGACGUUUUUAAGGAGUUGGUUAAGCUAAAUCCUCUUGGGGGAACACAAGAGCCAAAUCACACUGAAGAGGGGGCAAGUGGGGACGGAAUUGAGAAAAGUGUUCCGUCAAACACCGAGCAAUCCAAAAAUUUGAUUAAGCUUGACUAUUUUGAAGCCCCAGACCCAGAGAAAGAGCUAAAACAACUUAGAACCGAGCAAAUUGAGUGCAAUUUGGAAAUAUUAAAUGAUGAUGGAGAUAUUGUGGUCCAGGAGCUCGAAGUGGAAGCACAGGUCACCUAUGAGUUACAAUAAUUUUAUUAAGUAUGUUUUGUUUUUCUAAUCUGCGUUUACUUCUAUAUUAUUUGUAAAUCUCAAUGAGUAAAUUAAAGAACAUUCCAAAAACCAA